AUGCCGGUAUCGCAGAAAGCGCCCGGCAAAGCUCGCCGCACAAGACCCACCGGAUUGUUCGGCCUGCCCCCGGGCUUGACCGGUCGGGGCGACAAGGCGGGCAUGCGGCCUGGGCGGUGGCACAGCGGCGACCAAGUGCCCCUCCAAGACGAAGCUCUCCGAGUAGGCCACGGCAAGGACAUUGACAACGCCAAGGCGGCACUGGAGAAUAUCCUCCAGUGCCAGUUGACAGACAACUAUGACUCUGCAUGGUAUGGCACUUGGAAACUCUCCCCAGAUGAGCCGUAUCCCACGGAUGAUUCCCCACUCUAUCCUCCCGAGAUCUAUGAUACUUAUGACCCAAACUGGAGAGAGUUCGUCGGAACUCAGCUUGUUCAACUUGUCGAGGAGUUCUCAGAUUUGCUCGGCAACGAUCUGGUGUCUCGCAUCGAAGACGCCCUAGAGAUUGCAGCGGUUGGGUCCAUGCGCCGUAACGGCACUUUCCCUGAAGAUGACAAUCUCACUAUCGCCUAUUCUAAUCCAGCCCUAAUGCGUGCUUGGUACGUUGGUUGGAUUGGUGCACGCCGCAACAACCAGACAUUCAUCGACUUCGCCAAUACGCAAGGUGACCUCAUUCUGAAGCUCUUCAAGUCGACGGGAUCCAACGUGCUGUCUGAAUACAACGCGCCAAACUACUACGGCAUGGACGUGUGGGCUCUCGCUGGUAAUAUCAAGUACGGAGCAAAGAACAAUAGCAUGACUACAAAUGCCCAGUACAUCCUGACUGAGGUAUGGAAAGAUGUUGCCGCUCACUACAAUUCAUUCCUGGGUAACCUAGCGGGGCCAUAUGAUCGCGCAUACACGAGAGAUAUGACCACACACUCUGCCAUACUUUCCCUAUUCUGGUGGGGAAUGUAUGGCCACGAGUACGGACCGCAACCUCCCAAAAUGGAACUCGAUCUGGUUUACGAUAUUGCCCAGGGAGCUGCUCUUUCCCUACUUAUGAAUACAACGUCGAGCUACAUCUCUGCAGACACGGCCGCAGCUCUCAAGGCGAAAGGGGCAUGGCAAGGCGAGCGUUUCAUCCAGAAAAAGAUUCCUGAUGGUCUCUCUUCAGACGAGGAUGUUCGUGUAGCGACCUCCUGGAUCAGCUCUCCUCUCAUGAUUGGCGCUCAACAAGUCGCCGAGACCAAGAAUCGUGGACAGCAAUUCGUUCCUGCCAUCGUGCAGUGGGCGGGAGAUGCAUCGCACACUCCCUACCCCUACGUCACCUUUUUCUCGCUGUACCCGACCGCAUCAACAGUCGAUGCCGUGGCGGGGCCCAGAAAUCUAACAAUUUCUUACCCCAAUACUACCCAGGACGGAACAGACAUUUUCACGUUUGCACUCUCAGAUGUUCCGCCCAGCUGGACUCUUGGAAAGGCACACACCAUUGACGGCUUUGAAGAGCUGCCGUGCUUAAACGUUACGCUCAGUGCACCCGGUCUAGAGAAACAGCCAGUCGUAUAUGGAAGCUCAGUGGAAGACCAUAGGUUCUACAACAUAUCUUAUGUGGUCCCUGAAGGAUUCGAGGGAGUGCCUAAAGUGUCAUUUGAGUUCGAUUAUAUUUGUUAA